AUGGAUAAAGAAUCCGCCACCCCGGCUUUGAAUGUGAUUAAGAAAGACAUGAACGAGAAUACAAUAUCUGAUGUGAUAGAGAUGUUGAGAGGAUUGGUUGAUCGUCUUGAGAAGAUGGAGGAAAAGGUGGAUCAUCGUCUUCAGAAGAUGGAAGAAAAGGUGGAUAUGUUGAUCUCAUCGGUUAGUUUAAGUAACGCCUCAAUGAAAACUGGCACUGUAAAGGCCGAGGCAGACAACAUGUCUGUGGAUGAAUCAUCUUCUGAUGAUGAAGAGCCUAUCCGGAAAAAAAAUUCUGAAGUACAUACCAGUAAUCCUAAAAAGGCGAAAACUAAUCGUAGUAGCCAUUUUGGUCCUUUUGUUCCUUUUGGUUUUGAUGAGGAACCUUAUUCUCAGACUGGAUUUGGUAAAAAGAAGAAUCAUAACAAUUUCAAUCAAUUUAGUGGUGGUGGUCCUUCUAGUCUUAAUGUUGGUGGUCGUUUUGCCGGCGGUCGUUGUGGCGGUCUUGGUCAGUGUAGCUUCUGUUGAGGUUCUGGUGGUGCAGGAGAAGAAACCUUCAACAGCAUCUUAAAAGAAGAGAAAGCUCUUUGGUGUUUUUUUUUUUUUUUU